AUGGCGGAUCCGUCAGAUUCUAACACGGAGCCGGAUAAGAAGCCGCCCAGGCCGGUCUCGCCCCCGGCGGCAACGGCAACGGCAGCGGCCCCAUCGCCCGCUAGUGGCGAGGACCUAACCGUCUACCCCCAUGGCGUCAAGCUAGUCACCAUCAUCGCCUCUCUCUGCUUGGCCGUCUUCUUGGUGGCACUGGAUCAAACCAUCAUCGCCCCGGCCCUGGGCGCCAUCACGGGCGAAUAUGGCACCGUUGGCGAUAUCGGGUGGUAUGGAUCCGCAUAUCUCCUGAGCGCCACGGCGCUCCAGCCGUCUUACGGGUCGCUGUAUCGCAAUUUCAACGUCAAGUACAUCUAUCUGGCGGCCAUCUUCAUCUUCGAGGCCGGCAGCCUGGUGUGCGCGCUGGCACCGACGUCCAACGCCUUCAUUGUCGGGCGCGCCGUCGCCGGCAUGGGCACGGCUGGCCUCUUCUCGGGGUCCGUCGUCAUCCUCUCGUACACGUUGCCGCUGCGCAAGCGCCCGGCCGCCUUCGGUCUCAUCGGCGCCAUGUGGGGGAUCGCAUCGGUCGCCGGCCCGCUGCUCGGCGGCGCCUUCACCGACCACGCCACCUGGCGCUGGUGCUUCUACGUCAACCUGCCCAUCGGCGGCCUCGCCAUGGUGGCCAUCUUCUUCUUCCUACGCAUCAACCGCGUCAACAACCCGCUCAACGAGACGUGGGUCGAGCGCCUCCUCAAGCUCGACCUCGUCGGCACCGCCAUGCUCAUCCCCGCCAUCGUCUCCCUCCUGCUCGCCCUGCAGUGGGGCGGCACCAAGUAUGCCUGGAGCGACUCGCGCAUCAUCGGCCUGUUUGUCGGCUUCGGCGCCAUGGCCGCCAUCUUUGUCGGCAUCCAGAUCUGGAAGGGCGACAAGGGCACCCUCCCGCCGCGCCUCUUCAAGAACCGCAACGCUCUGUGCGCCAUGAUGUUUGCCUUUUUCUUCGGCGCCGGCUUCUUCCCGCUGGUCUAUUAUCUAUCCCUCUACUUCCAGGCUAUCCACGGAGACAGCGCCGUGCAGGCCGGCAUCAAGCUGCUUCCCAUGCUGAUAUCGGUCGUCGUCACAUCCGUGUCCGUCGGCGGCCUAAUCACCGUCAUCGGCUACUAUAACCCGUUCAUCCUACCGUGCAUGAUCCUGUUUGCCGUCGGCGCGGGCAUGAUCUCGACGCUUUCGGUUGACAGCCCCCUAAGAGAGUGGUUCGGGUACCAGGUCAUCUGCGGCCUCGGGGUCGGCGUCGGCUUCCAGGCUGGCGUGCUGGUCAUACAGAACAACAUGCCGCUCGAGUGGAUCGCGCAGGGGACGGCCUCGGUGCAGUUCUUCCAGAGCCUGGGCGGCGCCGUCUUCAUCGCCGUGGCGCAGGCCGUGUUCCAGAACGGGCUCGCCUCGGGCAUCGAGCGCAACGCCCCGUCGCUCCCCGCCGACGCCUUCAUCCACAGCGGCGCCUCCGAGGUCCGCCACGUCCUCGUCCGUCUCCACGCCGAGGACCUGCUGGACACCGUCCUCGCCGCCUACCUCGACGGCCUGCACAACGCCUACUACAUCAGCGUCGCCGCCGCCUCGGUCGGCUUCCUCGUCGCCUGCUGCCUGAGCUGGAAGAAGAUCAAGCGCCACGGGAAGCCGCUGGCGCCGGCCGGCAACAAGACAGACGACGUCGAAGCUGCUGUCGCUGAUGAUGCCGUCAGCUCUGCACCUGCUGGACUUGGUCCGGCCGAGAGCAGCGACAACGGAAGCAACUUGAAGGAAAAGUCAUGA